CCAAUCCACCAGCAAUGCCAACACCUAUAAUAUAUCAUGUAUGCGUAUUGUCCAAUGAUCACUCCGUCCAACUGAGCCCAUCAAUCCAUGGGCAACUACUCCAGUUUCGUGAAAUAAUAUCAAAAUCAAAUGGACAGAGUGGAUGUCUGGAGGUGGGACAAAAACGCUGCUGAUUGGUUGAUACGAUUGAUCCCUGCAAUUUUACCGCCGCUUUCGCAUUGAUCGAGAUUCGUCACAGUAUCAAAAAGUUUCCUUGUCUUAUCCAAGCCUCUUGCAAUUAAAUCGAGUCAACUCGGGUUAUUCGAAUUGAUAUUGGAAUCGUCCUUCUCCAACUCACAUCCUCAAUAUGGCCGAGUACCGUGUUCUCCUCAUUGGCAAUGGAGGCCGUGAGCACGCUUUGGCGUGGAAACUUGCCCAGUCCCCGUUGGUAUCGAAUAUCUACUGCGCUCCGGGCAAUGGUGGGACUGCGUCCGUCCCCAAAUGCGAGAAUCUCCCCAUCUCCGGUGAAGAUUUCCCUUCGCUUCUCUCUGCAGCACAUACUCGGGACGUCAAUCUCGUCGUUCCUGGACCGGAGGCUCCAUUGGUCGCUGGAGUUACCGACUAUUUCAAGGUGCAUGCGCCAUUGGUGCUUUGCUUUGGUCCAUCGAAAGCGGCGGCACAGUUGGAAGGUUCGAAGGCGUUUUCCAAGGACUUUAUGAAGCAUAACGCCAUCCCUACCGCGGCCUAUGAGAAUUUCAAGGACUAUGAUGCUGCGAGGAAGUACCUGGAUUCUGUCUCUCAUCCGGUCGUCAUCAAAGCCAGUGGACUCGCAGCUGGAAAGGGUGUGAUCAUCCCGACUAGCAAAGAGGAGGCGCAAGCGGCACUCAGAGAGAUCAUGGUUGACAAAGAGUUUGGGUCGGCAGGAGAUGAAGUGGUCAUCGAAGAAUUUUUGGAAGGCGACGAGAUUUCCAUCCUGAGCUUAUGUGAUGGGUCGAGGAUGGUCAAUUGCCCACCCGCUCAAGAUCACAAGCGGAUUGGCGACGGGGAUAUUGGCCCAAAUACCGGUGGAAUGGGAACGUACGCUCCAGCACCGGUAUGUACCGGGGAAAUGAUGAAGCAAAUCGAGAAAGAAGUGCUGGACCCAACCAUCAGGGCCAUGAAGGAAUCGGGUCAUCCGAUGAUCGGGUGCCUCUUCACCGGUCUUAUGCUUACAAAGAAUGGCCCGAAAGUUCUCGAGUAUAAUGUGCGAUUUGGCGAUCCCGAGACGCAGAGCGUACUGAUGUUGCUUGAUUCCGACCUUGCGGAAAUCAUUGUGGCAUGCGCAAACGGUUCGCUGGAGUCCGUCAAUGCUACCUUCUCGUCAAAUUUUGCCGCCACGGUUGUCGUCGCUGCUGGAGGGUAUCCAGGACCAUAUAAAAAAGGAAUCGACAUGCAGCUCGAUGCAACACCAGAUGGAAUUGUUCUGUUUCAUGCUGGUACAUCCACCAUGGACAAGUUGAAGACCGCGGGCGGACGAGUCAUCGCAUCCUCUGCCUCAGCCAGCACACUUCAAGACGCUGUAAAGGCUGCAUAUCAUGGUGUAAACUGCAUUCACUUUGAUGGAAUGCAAUACCGCCGAGAUAUCGCCGCUCGAGCCCUCAAAUGACGGCCCAUCGGCUCACAAACUUCAUCAUCUUAGC